CAAAACUCCACAGGCCAUGCAAGAAGACACGCACUCAAUAAAAAAAACCUAAAAACGAAAUCUUGGAGACAAAAAGGGUAUAAUCUUUUCGAUUUUCAAUUGGAAUAUUUGGAAGCUACGGAUUUUGUCGUUUUAUUUGAGCUAAGGGUUUUUGUAGGGUUUUUUCCAUCUUCCUCUAUCACUCCCUCAAACAAAGAGAGAUAUAGAUAAGAGAAACCUUUUCAGAAAAAAAUGGGUUCUUUGAGAAAUGAAGAAACAGAGGGAAAAUUGUUUGAGCAGAAGAAAAUUGAAGAAGAUGAGGAAGAUCAAGAACCCAUUUUGAUGGAGCAACCGCAGCGGUUUUGCAUGUUUCCUAUCAAGUACCCACAAAUUUGGGAGAUGUACAAGAAGGCAGAAGCCAGUUUCUGGACUGCUGAGGAGGUUGAUCUCUCACAGGAUGUGCAGCAGUGGCAGGCUCUGUCUCGGCCCGAAAAGCACUUCAUAAGCCAUGUGCUGGCGUUCUUUGCUGCUUCAGAUGGGAUCGUCUUGGAAAACUUGGCUGCUCGCUUCCUCAAUGAUGUUCAGAUUGCAGAGGCUCGAGCAUUUUAUGGAUUUCAAACUGCUAUGGAAAAUAUUCAUUCGGAGAUGUAUAGCUUGCUUCUGGAAACAUAUAUCAAAGACUCAAAGGAGAAGCACAGAUUGUUUAACGCAGUCGAAAACAUUCCCUGUGUUGCACAAAAAGCCAAGUGGGCUUUGAAUUGGAUUAAGAGCACGAGCUCGUUUGCUGAGAGGCUCGUUGCUUUUGCUUGUGUCGAAGGCAUUUUCUUCUCUGGGAGCUUCUGCUCGAUUUUUUGGCUAAAGAAACGGGGAUUGAUGCCUGGCUUGACGUUCUCUAAUGAACUCAUUUCUAGAGACGAGGGUCUGCACUGUGACUUCGCCUGCCUCCUAUACAGUUUACUCCGGAAGCAACUGAGUUGGCAAAGGGUCCAUCUUAUUGUGGAAGAAGCUGUUGAAAUUGAGAUUGAAUUUGUUUGUGAUGCCCUCCCUUGUGCUCUCAUUGGUAUGAAUUCAGCAUUGAUGAGCCAGUACAUCAAGUUCGUUGCUGAUCGACUUCUGGUUUCUCUAGGGUGUCCGAAGGCGUACAAUGUCGAGAACCCUUUCGACUGGAUGGAUUUCAUAUCCUUACAGGGAAAGGCCAACUUCUUCGAGAGGAGGGUGGGCGACUACCAGAAGGCGUCCGUCAUGUCAAGCUUGCAGGACGGCUCCAAGAAUUUCGAGUUCAGGACGGACGAGGACUUCUAGAAGAUUCCUAUGGCUAAGCUAGGUACUACUACUACUUGGUGCUGAAUCAGGGCAUCUGUAUUCUCAUUAAACAUUUCAUUUCAAUGUAGCCUAUUAUCAUCAUCAUCAAUCAAUUGCUCAAAUUCUUGAAAGCAAAAACAUGAUUCAAUAUGCUGUAAAUAGUAAAUGCUGCAUCAUAGACAAAUGCAAAUCAAUCUAUAUAUCAUCAUUUAUUCUGA